AUGCUUCCCGGUAAGAACGAGAUGAACCCUCGGGAAUACAUCAAUGCAGUGGAGUUAAGGAGUGGAAAACAACUCUCGGAGAUCACCCCUCCGAUGGUUGAGAAGACACCACCUCCAGGGCUAACAAGGGAGGAAGAAGGCAAAGUGAUAGAUGAGAGCAUUUCUAAGGUGAUCGAUCAAGAGAAAGAACCCGUCUACAUUCCACCGCCACCUAAGUUUCUGAAAGACAUCUUGACGAGAAAAAGGGUUGUGGAAAAAGAAACAGUAGCCCUUAGUACCGAGAUCAGUGCGGCAAUCAUGAAGCAUGAACUUCCCCCGAAAAUGGCUGAUCCGGGAAGUUUCUCUGUCCCUUGUAAGCUAGGAAACAUCGACAUCGAUCGAACCUUGUGUGAUCUUGGAGCGAGUGUAAGUUUAAUGCCCUUGUCAAUCUACAAGAAAUUGAACGUCGGUGAGCUAAAACUGACAAGGAUGGCAUUACAAUUAGCGGAUAGAUCGAUCAAGUACCCAGCGGGAAUAUUAGAAGAUGUACCUUUGAAGAUUGUACAGCGGAUGCCGUAG